GCCGGUUAGUUAUCCAUUGGCUACCCAACCAAGUGACGUCAAGUGCACAAGGAUACUGAUGAAAGGAACAUUUUGCGCAAUGUUGAUGUUACCAAAAGUCACAGAGCGGAAUCGAAUAUUUGCUACAAUUUUAUGGGUUUUGAUAACAGGAAGAGAACUUUUGAUCACAACGGUUGUUGCUGAUCGAAGUCAUUGCGAUUGCAUGGACUAUUGGGAAUGCAUAGGCUCAGGUGGCACACCUUAUGCUUACUGUUCAUAUAGCAGUCAAGUAUGUUGCUUUGUGGAGCCAAGUGCCGUGUCAGUAGGUAUUCUUCCUAGGCGUAAAAAAUCGGGCUCUUGUGGUAUAAAAGGCCCGAACAAGGGAAGAGAUGGAGUAACAGAUCCAGGGGAAUGGGCUUGGCAUGCUGCAGUGCUAGAAACUCCCCAAGAUCUUUACAUAUGUGGUGCCUCACUAUUAGACGAGUAUUGGAUUUUAACGGCAGCACAUUGUGUGUACGAAUAUUCAUUGCCAAAUGCUUUGAAAAUCCGCCUUGGUGAAUAUGACGUUUCAACAACCAGCGAGCCUUUAAAGUAUGAAGAGUAUACUGCUUCCAGGAUAGUUGUGCAUCCGAACUUCGAUAACAGAACGUUGUUGCAUGACAUCGCUCUUGUCCGACUUACUCGUCCAGCUAAAAGGAAAGCCAACAUAAAUGUAGUGUGUAUGCCUCCUGAAGGUACAACUAAUAACGAACUCGUCUCUUCAGCGCGUUGUUUUGUCACUGGAUGGGGUAAAUCUACUGAAAACGGAGAACACUCAGUGGUACUUAAAGAAGUGAAUGUACCUCUUUGGAGGAACGACGACUGCGAGAGAUCUCUUAAAUUCCAUUUUGGUCCCAAUUACAGGCUACCUGCUACUUCUCUCUGUGCAGGCGCAGAAGGAAGGGAUGCUUGUGAUGGAGACGGAGGUGGACCAUUAGUAUGCGAGAAAGAAGGUCGCUGGUAUCAAGUUGGGAUUGUAUCUUUCGGUAUCGGAUGUGGCCAACCAAAUACGCCAGGAAUUUACACUAGAGUAGAAAGCUACAGUAACUGGAUUCACAGAGUUGUUGCCAGCGAUAAUAAAAAUGAUAACUCAUCUUUCGGCGUAAGAUCAACUUAAGAUUAUAAAAGUAACAGCAAUUCAUGUAAAAACACCAAUUCUUUUCCUGAUUCAGGAAAUUUUGUGCCUUUUUUUCACAGCCAUUUAAAUGAUUCUUCAGUUAACGUAGAACGUUUGAAACACUGAAUGAUUAAAGCACAAAAUUUUGGUGAAAUAAUUUGCUAAGUGGGAACGUAGAACUAAAGAAGUUGAUUUUCGAUUAUCAAGCAAAAAUAAUCUCUACUCAGAGAGAACUUUCAAAAAAUGUACUAUUUUUUAAAUUAUAAUCAAUGUAAUGUAUUUUUACUGCCAGAUGUAUUCAAUAUAUGAUCCCAGCCGCAUCAUACAGCUGAGAUUAACAAGUACUAGCUAAGUUCUAAAAUUGGAAUAAUUUAAUUAGGAGUUGUUAUUUUUAACGCCAUGCAGUUGAUGUAUAACAGAAAAAGUGUGUUUCGUAAUAUAAAAAAAUUUUAGACUACAAAAGGCAAAACAUAAAAUAGAUUGAGACUGUUUUAGAGAACUCUGCAAAUAUCUUUCUGAAAGGAAGAGAAAUAUAAAGAGUUAAGCAGAUAUGUAAUGAUAUCAGUUCUAAUUUUUUUUAAGAUUGCGAUGGAAUGUAACUACUGUCUUACAUUUGAUAUAUUUAUUUAUUUAUUUUGUAAUGAAUAUUUUUAUACAAUAUUUUGAUUUCCAUAAACAAGUCCAAUCUUGUCGUUACGUUUUACUUAUUUGUACGACAAACUGGUUAUUUAUUUGUAAUUUUUGAAAUUGAGAUUUAGUUUGAAAUAAAGUCUUUACCUUUUC